UCCCCUCCGCUUCUCUCUGUUCAGUCGGUCGCGCGUUACCGAGCCUGGUGGAUGAGUUCGCGAACGCGCUCUCGCUUCGAAGCUGCCGCUGUCGUUUUCGUUGUCGUUUCUGUUUCCGUUGCUGCCGCGACUCGAAUCGUCCAAGAGCUCUCGAGCCACCGAGUUUUUCGACGGUGAAAAUAAAUAUCGAUAUCCGCGCCCACGCGACCGCCAACCUCGUGCGCGUGUGUUUGCCGGCCUGGCCAGCGGACCAGCGGGGAAAAAUAUCACAUCGUCGCUCUCUUCUGCCGUGUGUCUAGACGCUGCGCGACCUGUCUUCGUCGUCCUCCUCUUUGUCUUCGCCGUCCUCGUCUACGGCGUCUUCGGUGAUUGCCCGCCGCUCCUCGAAAACCCUCUCGGAAUAAUAUACCCAGUGUGUUUCUUGUGGCGAGCCGCGGCGAGGGACGCUCUACAAGGGAAAGAUUCCGCCUCGACGAGCUACUCACGACGCCCUCGACCAGCGAGGUCAGUUUUGUUGGGCGCGCGAGCACACCUGAUCGACGCAGCAUCCGGAAAGCGCGGGAACGAGAGAGGGACAGGUGAGAGACCGAGGAAGGAUAGAGAGGCAAACGGAGCAAGAUGGGAGGUAGACAAAGCAGAAGGUCCGUGGACAUAACGACGACGCCGAAGAAGGAGGGGAUACCGGCCGAUGGGAGUGUCGGGGACGCCGCAGCACCUGGCGACGGCAAGCUGGAGAGGAUCGAGGAGACCGACACGAAGCCCACCACCAACGGCAUAGCGCCGCACACGGACGUCGCCGAGGAUAAGGAGAAGGAUAAGGACGAGGCCACGGAAAAGGAGAAGCAAGAGGAGGUAAAAGCCGAGGAGACCAAGCAAGAGUCUGCCGGAGAGUCGCCCGCGGAAUCGGCGGAGGCCACGACACCCACAGAUGCUACCACCCCCGCCAGUCCAAACGCUGCAACCUCUCCAGACAGCAAGGAGCCCAAAAAGAAGGACAAGAUGAAGAAAAAGUGGUCCUUCAGGUCGAUCAGCUUCAGCAAGAAGGACAAGAAUAAGCCGGCUCGCGACGAAGCGCCCAAGAAUGGAGACGUCACCAAGGAGGAAAUUCUCGCAGAGGGUGGGGAAGAGGCGGAGAACGGCUCGGCAACAGCGGGCAGCCCGGUGGAGGAGAAGUCGGCAGUAAGUAGUCCAUCGGUGGAGACCGAGGCGGCGCCGGCGUCGGCGGCGUCCGCGGUGGCGUCCACCGAGUCGAAGGAGGAGGCGUCCUCGCCGUCCGCAGCAGCGACAACAGCAACGGCGGCUAGUAGCCCAGCCGACGAAAAGCAAGAGGAACCCACUCCCUCUGCCCCCACUCCCGUCCCUGUCGAGGAAAAGAAAGAGGAGGUCGAAAAACUCGAGGCCGAGAAAAAAGUAGUCGAGGUCAGUCCAGCCGGUGGUCAGUUCGUACCGGACCCGGUAGAAGUCUCCGUUUUCCGAGUCCAGACAGUCGCUACGCCGUCGUCUAUCAUUGAGAGGAAAACCAGUGAGGAUAUUCCUUCCCUGCCUCCGUCCAGUCCGCCACCGACGCCCAUAGAUCCGUCGCCGUUGCAGCAGGCUCAGCAGGCCGCGGCUACCGCGAGCCUGCUCGCGGUGGCCUUGAAAUUGCCUGCCGAGGCUGCUGCCGACGAAGAUCCGCUCUCAGAUCCCGUCACCGAUCCCCUCACCGAUCCCGUCACAGAUCCCGUCGCAGACCCCGUUGCAGACCCUGUCGCAGACCCCGUCACAGACCCGGUCACAGACGAACCACCCCCGACACCAUCGGAAUCUCGCGAUGUCCCCCAGAGACCACACGUUUCACCCCCAGACGAAUCCCGAACAGAACAGGCCCCGACUCCUCCCCCGCAGCUAGAGGCUCUGCCGGUGGUAGAUACCGUCGUUGACGUCGACGCAGACGUCAACGUCGUCGCGACUAAGCCGGUGACCGCGGUCGAACAGCCGGAGUCGCCGGAGGUGAAGACCAGAGCUCCUCCGCCGAUCGAACAAGAGAGUCCGAGCGAACCGAAAGAGGAUGCGCCGGUUGCGGUGGCAGAGGCGCCGCCUCCGCUUCCAGAGAAACCGGAGGAUCGAGAAGAGAGUCUCGUGUGCGUGAUGGAACUAGCCUCCGAGGGACCGCAGGAAGAACCGAAGGAAGUCGUCGAGCAGUCGGUAGAGUCGAAAACAGUUCGCGAUAUUGGUAGCGCCGCGUCCAGCGAACAAGAAGUGCCCAAAGAGGAGGCUCCGAAAGUCGUUGAAGAAGAGAUCGCGAUAAAGAAGGAGAAGGAGGUGUUAGCUAAGGAACCGUCGCUCUUGAUCCGCGAUUCUGUGGUAAAUACGGAAGAGGGACCGAUGCCUCUGUCCGAGGAGACGCUGGUCGAGGCUAAGCCUGCGGUAGUCAUCCCGGAGGAAGAGGAGGAGGAGGAGACCGUGGACACCGUUGCCAAAGUCCCAGAAGUGGACACGCAGUCCGUCGAAGCGAUUCCCGACGUGGAAGAGAAGCUGGAACCGACGACGAAGGUGGUCGAACCGGAGGUCGAGCCUCCUAGCAUGGAAGCGAUGCAGGUCGAGCCUCCUAGGAUGGAAGGCAUGCAGGUAGAGCCUCCUAGAAUUGAAGGGAUGCAGGUCAAGCCUCCUAGUAUUGAAGGGAUGCAGGACGAGCCUCUUAGCAUAGAAGCGAUGCAAGUAGAGCCUCCUAGGAUGAAAGAGAUGCAAGUCAAGCCUCCUAGAAUGGAUGCGAUGCAGGUAGAGCCUCCUAUAAUUGAAGGGAUGCAAGUAGAGCCUCCUAGAAUGGAUGCGAUGCAGGUAGAGCCUCCUAGAAUUGAAGGGAUGCAAGUAGAGCCUCCUAGAAUUGAACGGAUGCAAGUAGAGCCUCCUAGGAUGAAAGAGAUGCAGGUAGAGCCUCCUAGGAUGGAAGCGAUGCAGGUCGAGCCUUCUAAAAUUGAAGAGACGCAGGUCGAGCCUCCUAGAAUGGAAGAAAUGCAAGUCGAGCCUCCUGGAAUGGAAGGGAUGCAGGUCGAGCCUCCUGGAAUGGAAGGGAUGCAGGUCGAGCCUCUUAGAACGGAAGGGAUGCAGGUCGUGCCUGAGAUAACGCCUACAGCUUUCGUAGUCGACGAGGUCGUCGUGACCGUUCCGGAGCAGGUCAACCUAGUUCCAGAAGAGGAUUCCUUGCCUCCUCUACCCGCGCCAGGCUCCCCCGAGGCCUGUGUUCCAGAGAAUCUCGAUAUCGACGCCACCGUAGUGCCUUGCCCCGUCGUUGAUCUUGAACCAUGGACCGCGGAGCGGUCUCAGGACGCGGAGAAAAGACCCUCGUCGCCGAAGGAACGAGAGGAGAACGUUCUCCCAGUCUCUCCCUCGAAAUCGCGAGUCUCGGACAGCAAGAAUCAGGAAGAAAACGAAGAGAUCGUCAAGGAUGAAUCACGAACGGAGAUCAGCAGGCUUGAGCCCGUUUCGAUCGAGUCGAACGAGCUUCCCCCGGCGCCCCAGGACACCGUACCCAACACAGACUCGUUCGAGUAUCCCUUACCACCGGAAGAGCUCUCUUGCCCGCUAGCGACGAAUAGUUAUAGUAUCGUACCCGAGACGAAGAGCGAGUUUCCGGUUCCCGACGCGGACGACACGCCCAGCCUGAGAAACCCGACAGAGACGCUACUUCUGACACCGCCCAGAAGUCCCAGUCCCCAGUCCACCGUGACCGGCGCGACCGUGGUGACAACGUCCACGAUAGACUCCUCGCAAACACACUCAGACUACCAAGACCACAACCAAGACCAAGACCAAUACCGCGACCAAGACCGAGACCAACAUCACAGCGACGAGAACGACCGUUCGGCCUGUACUAUCGUACACGAGUACGGGUACGAGGACAGUCAGUUAAGGAAGACAGUAGCCAAGUCUCCGGCGGAGACUGAGAACCAGGAAGAGAGCUCGAUCUCGUGUCAGUUGUCGAACAACACCACGUCGUCAACCACUGUCCAGGAGACCCAUCAGACCACUCCCGAGUCCGAGGCCCCGGUCGAAAAUAAGCUGAUCCAGGACAGUACGACAGAGAGCUCGGAAGAGAAGGUCACGCCUGUAGCCGUCCCGAUCGAGACUCCUGCUCCUCCGCCAUCCGCGCCAGCCAUCACCGAAGACGUUGCCUCUGUGGCCAAAGCCGUUGAGGAGAUCGAAAUAAGUGCUAAGGCUAUCGCGGCAGCAACAAUUGAGUGCACCACGACCGAAAUAAUCGCGGACGCGCCCUACGAGAACAACGUGAACGAAUAAACGCCCCGCCUAACCGAAUUGUAAUUUUUGGGAAGAAGAAAGUUCUUUUCUCUCGUUAAAACCAAAAAAGUAUAUUAUAUAGAUAUGUAUAUUUGGACCAUUCCUGCAAACUAAACAGAUAAAAAAAAAAGAAAAAGCAAAACUGAAAUGAACGUUCUUUCGUUACGAGCAGCAACAACAAAAAAAAUAAAUAAAUAAAUGAUGGAAAAAGCAAAACGACGCAAAAAGUUAACGCAAAAAUAACACGGAAAGUGAGGAGAAAAAGAGGAGGGAGUCACAGCACACAGAAUAAGUAAAAAAGAGGGACAUAACGAUCAAUGGGAAAACGAAACACGGAAAAACAGCAAACGUAAUCGAAAAAACAUAGAGAAUGAAACGGAACGGACGACGAUGUUGCCGCGACAUCGCGAGAGCAUUGUAGACAGUUUAUAGUAGGCCUAUUAAUAAUAAUUAUUAGACUGCAGUUCGACGGCUGGGCGAACGAGGAAUGUCCACGAAUGGCUACGGUCGUGUAUAUCGUCGAGGAGAGAGAGAGAGAGAGAGAAAGGGAGAGAGAGAGAGAGAGAGAGAGAGAGAGAGAGAGAGAGAGAGAGAGAGAGUACGAGGUUUCACGUAGGACGAAACGAAUGGAACGGUCGCUUCCGAGAACACCGAGUGUUGUCUUUCGCCGGUGGUGCGGGCAAUUUGGUCCCUAGCCGAGUGAUUUUUUACUAAUUAUACAAUUUUUCCAACGCGACUUAUCCUCCGAGGGAACAAUAAAUUUUCGCGAGCGAUCGCAGCGACGGUCCCCCGUGUAUUUUCCAUGGGGUCGGUCUCUGCGCUCGAGGCGAAUCGAAACAACAAAUCUGCCAUUGUUAACUAAGCUAAGUCGAAUCACGUGCAACCAUCAUGAAGAACAAGCCGAAGGAAACACGAGAAGAACAUUGUUCGAGGAAGAAGUACUCGUCGGAUCGCGUCCUCCUGUUGCGAUAACGCUUGCUAUCGUAUGUGUGUGAGUGAAAGAGAGAGGGGGGAGGAAGUAAGACUGGUUGGGAAGAGAGUGCUAACGAGAGAAGUGUAAUUAAAGAUCGGAAAUCGAAGUUGCUAAGCAUGCGUGUGGGAGAGAGUCGUCGUAUAACGCGCGCGCGCACGAGAGAGAGAGAGAGAGAGAGAGAGGAGGGAAUGGAGAAUUUGGUACGUUAUCUUCGCCAUGAUGUGUGGUCGUUGAAGAGAGAGGGGCAGGAUCGGAUAGCGAGGGACGAGGGGAGAGGCAAACAGAUGAAUUAAAGAAUAUGUCGAAGCGCACGAGUAAUGAAACACUCGGAUCGCGAUUCUCAAGGACGGUCGACGAUUAUUUUGCUCGUAUUUCAUUCGCGGUCCUUGGUUCUUUUCUUUUCUUUUUCUUUGGGUAAUUGUACAAUCGAAAGAGGUUUUUACGUUGUAACGAGGAACUGCACACACACACUUUCUAGGUAUGACUCUUAGUACACGAGACACACGAGAGAGAACGAGAGGUAAACACGUACACAAGGUAUAAUUCCAAGACGAUUUUCACAGGUAGAAGAGAGCGAAAGAGAGAGAGAGAGAGAGAGAGAGAGAGAGAGAGAGAGAGAGAGAGAGAGAGAGAUACACAGACACACAACAAUCAUACACGCGAGAUAAGAAAGCAAAAAAGAAUGGUAUGAAUAAUAUUAAUUAAUAAUUAAUAAUAAUAAUAAUAAUAAUUGAAAAAGGAAAAAAAAGGAAACACAAAAAUUACACACGAGGAAAGCAUACACAGUAAGCCGAGACAAGAAUGUAAGUGAUAUAUAAUCUAGACAUAGAGGAAGCGUUUGUGUAAAUUCGGCGUUCGUUCGAAAUGCUACUUCUCCAUAUGAGAAACUACUUACGAGGAAGCCUAUUCGUAAUUUUAUAAUAAUCAUUAACUACAACAAAAAAAAAAGGUAUCGCCUAACUACGAUUUACAAAACAUUGCACAAUUUUACCAGCCGAGGGGGAAAGAAAGAGAGAAAAAAAAGAAAACAACGGAUUCGUUCGCGUACGGAUCACACGCGCCCAUCGAGUAUAAAUGAUAAUUACCUACGAGAAGCUUUCUUUUUUAUUAAGAACCGUAGUGUAGAUCGUAAAGUUAAAAACACAGAAAAGAACAAAACGAAGAUGCGCAUUACAUGUAAAUGCUCCAAAAUCUCAGAAUAACUUGUAAGUGUUAAAAAAAGGAGAAAAGAAACGAAAAAGGAUAAAAGAUGGAGCGAGCGUUUUCAAUGUGGCCGCGACCGGCAUUGAUUUUUAAACGAUAUAUAUUAUUAUUAUUAAUGAGUAAGGAGAAAGAGGUAAAAUUAAAAGUUGUAUAGUAAACCAUUUUCAUUAAAUAUAUUGUCCGUAAAAUGAUCUUUACAACGAAAUUACAUCGUUUUUUCGAGACAAGUUUUGGCGACGAGAGCGAACUUUUUUUAUUUAAACGAAGAGAGAAAAAAGAAGAUGAAAAAAGAAAAAAUAAUCCUUGAAACACCCGACUGAUUAUCUGUACACUCGCAAAAACUAUCGAUCGUUGAAAUCCUGAGGCGUCGCCGACGCAAGCUUCCUCGUUUAUUUAUUUUGCGCUCCGGAAAGAAAUGAAAAAGUACUACAAAAUUAUAAAUGAGACUUUUGAGUCGAAGACGCCUCAGACAGAGAAUAACAGUCUUCAGUAUCUUCGAUGAGCAGUUAUAAUAGUAAUUAAACUAUUCUACAUUUAUCUAUAACCUAUAAUAAACUGUGAAACAAGUGUAAAACGA